CUGGCUCCAUGGGGAGCUCCCGGGCUCGCCCUGUCGGCACCUCCUUGUGCCCUCUGGGCUGUGCGGGGUCUCUGCUGGCAGUCGUGUUCCCUGGGACGUGCCGGCCCACAAGGGGUUUCCAGGUCACUUCACCGAGUUCGUUCCUGGAAGGAGUUACCCAAAAGUCCUUUCCAUAGCUAGGGCCCCCGGAGCUGCGUCUGUGCGGUGCAGCUCUGGCCCCGGUAACCUUGGGGACCCACUGCCGUCGCAGGCAGCAUCCAUCGCCCUUCCAGCUCACGUUUAGAACUCUCCCCUGGGCUUCUUUGUGACCAGCUCCUCUGAUUUCCCCCGCGAUUACAGGUUUUCUGCAUUUGGGUGGCCUUCGGACUGCUUUGUACAAUUAUAUCUUUGCCAAAAAACACCAAGGGACCUUUAUUUUGAGAGUAGAGGAUACAGAUCAGAAUCGGGUGGUGCCCGGAGCUGCAGAAGGAAUAGAAGAUAUGUUGGACUGGGCAGGUAUCCCCCCUGACGAGAGCCCGUGCCGAGGCGGUCCCCGCGGUCCGUACGUGCAGUCGCUGCGGCUGGAGCUGUACCGAGGUGCCAGCGCGGCGCUGCUGGAGAGCGGGGCUGCCUAUCGCUGCUUCUGCUCCCCCCAGCGCCUGGAGCUGCUCCGCAGGGAGGCCCUGCGCUGCCAGCAAACCCCGCGAUAUGACAACCGGUGUCGGCACCUGACGCCUGCAGAAGCGGCCCAGAAGCUGUCACAGGGCCUCGACUACGUUGUCCGCUUCCGGCUGGAGAAGGGCGUGGAACCCUUCCAGGACCUGGUCUAUGGCUGGAACAAGCACGAGGUGGCUGAGGUGGAAGGUGACCCUGUGAUUCUCAAAGGGGACGGGUUCCCCACGUACCACCUGGCAAACGUGGUGGAUGACCACUACAUGGGCAUCACCCACGUGCUGCGCGGGACCGAGUGGCUGACCUCGACCUCCAAGCACCUGCUUCUCUACAAAGCCUUUGGCUGGGAGCCCCCUCAGUUUGGGCACCUCCCGCUGCUGCUGAACAAGGAUGGUGGGAAGUUGUCCAAGAGGCAAGGGGACAUCUUCCUGGAGCGCUUUGUUCGGGAUGGCUUCCUGCCAGAGGCACUGCUGGACAUCGUCACCAACUGCGGCUCGGGAUUCACAGAGAAGCAGAUGGGGAGGACUUUGGAAGAGCUGAUCUCACAGUUUGAAAUAGGCAGAAUUACCACCCAUUCUGCCCUCCUGGAUCUUGAAAUGCUCCCAGAAUUCAACAGGAUUCACCUCACCCGUCACAUCGAGAACGAGGGGCUGCGCCAGAGGCUCGUUAGGGAGCUGCAGGAGCUGGUGAAGCAAAUCUAUGGGGAUCAGCAAGUGGAUCCAGAGGUUCUGGAAAAGGAAUAUGUGGAGCGAGUCCUCCUGCUGAGAAAAGGUCACAUCAGCCUCCUGAAGAAUCUGGUGUCGAGUGAUUACUCUUACCUGUGGGUCAGGCCCUCGGUGUCCCGACAGCAGCUGCAAAUGAUUUCUGCAGAAGUAGAUGAAAUAGGAAAACUAGUCUUAGGGCUCGUGACAAGGCAGGCAGCUGCCUUGACCGUGGAGGAGUUGAACAAAGACCUGAGAAACCUCCAGAAGCAAACCAGAGAGACCAAGUACAGCAGCAUGAUGCAGCUCCUCCGCUUGGCACUCAGCGGGCAGCAGCACGGGCCGAGCGUUGCCGAGAUGAUGGUGACUCUGGGAGCCGAGGAAGUGAGUGGCCGGAUCCACAGAGCACUGUCCAGCUGAGUGGCCGGAUCCACAGAGCACUGUCCAGCUGAGUGACCAGAUCCACAGAGCACUGUCCAGCUGAGUGGCCGGAUCCACAGAGCACUGUCCAGCUGAGUGGCCAGAUCCACAGAGCACUGUCCAGCUGAGUGGCCGGAUCCACAGAGCACUGUCCAGCUGAGUGGCCGGAUCCACAGAGCACUGUCCAGCUGAGUGGCCGGAUCCACAGAGCACUGUCCAGCUGAGUGGCCGGAUCCACAGAGCACUGUCCAGCUGAGGGACCGCGGUGACACUGCCAGGCUGCUCUCGGAUGGCACAGGAGCACGUACCAUUGUCCUCCACCUGUGGCUUUGAUCUCAGCACGAUUAUCUCUGAUCAGAUGAGCUGGGCUUUAGAUCAGGCAGGUGUCCAUGCUGUUUCCAGGUCUGGAUGUACCUGCACUAAGCACAAACCACUUUGUCUGGAAGAGAAACCAAAUCCAAAUUCAGCUGCGUCCUGCUGUCACCUUGUGCAAGGAGCCUGGUUUGUGCAGGGAGCCUGGUUUCCAGGGUGGGAGAAAAAGACAUUUAUCAGCACUUAAAUUCAGACCACGUGGACAGGAAGUAACUGCUGAUAGCAGCAGAUGAGUCUCUUUUUGGAGAUAGCUUCACAAUCAGGGUACCUACAGCUACAACAACACAGGUCCCCAGUAAAUACUGUGUGGGGAAGGUAUUUUUAUAUAUAGAAAUAUAUAUAUGUUUGAGCUUCUGCCUUCUUAGCUGCCCUGGUGUCCUGCCAAGCUAAGUGAGCUGCUUGGAGAAGGGAACUCUCCUCUCUGUGUACUGUGUCAUAUGCAUGGUUCUGCUAAAAAUAUCCCUGAUCCAGAGAUUGGAAUGUCUUUUCCUCUUUUGUCUGAUGCCCUUUUAAUUAUUAAAUUAAUGUGGUAA